AUGUCGGGAAUCAUCGACAAGAUCGAAGAGAAGUUAGGGUUUGGGGAGGAGAAGAAACACGGGGAAGAACACAAACACGGGGAAGAGAAAAAGCACAAAGAGCAUAAGGAGGGGAGCCAUGAAGAGACCAAAAAGAAGAACAAGAAGAAGAAGGAGAAGAAGAAAGAAGGUGAACACCACCACGACCAUGGCGGCCACAGCAGCAGCGGAGAAGACAGCGAUUAG